AUGCAGUUAAUUGUUCCUAAUAAUCCGAGGGCUAUGGAAUAUUAUACUCUAGAUGGUUUAGAUGUGCAAAAAUGGCUUGAAUUAGAAUCAUUGUUGCUGCAAUAUGAUAAUAUUUUCUUGGAUCCUGUAAGGCUGCCUCUAAGAAGUAGCCAUGAUCAUAAAAUAAUUUUGCAAGAGGUGGCACAACCAGUUAACGUCAGACCGUAUAAAUAUGCUUCAUUUGAAAAUGAUGUUAUUGAGAAGUUGAUUAAAGAAAUGUUAGAGGCUAGGCGAACCUUUGCACUCGUAACUUGCAAGGGGAAGCAGCGGCAGCAGUAUAGCAACAGUUGCCCCGCAGCAAUUACCCAAAAAUUGCCACUUAUUGAUUCUCUUUUCUCUCUUUCUGAGGUGCUCUUUAAUCAGAGUCUUUUAUCUGCAUUUUAUUCUUUAGCUAUCAAAAUCAUUCCAUCGCUUUUGGCGAAGAUUGGGUUUGCGCCACUUUUGAGCUCGAAGAAGAGAUUUGAAGUUGGGUUUCCAAGGAAAAUGGCUUGGAUUCAGGAAAAAUGUGAGGCAGAAGUUGGGAACAAGUUGGAGGUGGUUCGGCCUGGCGGCUUGAGACUGAAGUUUAAUCUUAAGAUUCUUUUGAAGCUCUCAGAACUGAGCAGGGGAGUUGAGUGCAUGUAAGAGGUUCAUGAAUCCAGGAUUGGACAGUGUAGGGAGUUGGAGUGGCUUUCAUGAGUAUGAAAUUUAACAGGCAAUGAAGUAGUGGCUGCAUCAAGGAUUUUGAGAUUCCCUGGGAACACUUUGCGUAUGUUAUGAAGGCUGCUUCCAUCUGACUGCAGAAUCAACAGUUGUGGAACAUACCAGGCAAGGAAAG